GAAAGAAACAACGAGGCCAAGCCAGAGAAUGCCUCAACCUCAACUUCUGAACUCAGAAAUACUCAAAACAGUCCCCACCGUUUCUCUACUCCAUGGAGGGCGUUCACGAGCAAGUGCAGAAUGAAUGAAGAGACUGCUCCACAAAAUCCACUUUUCUCGGGAUAGGCUUUGUUGUCUCGAAAGUGGGAGGGCAAGAGGAUGGCCAGGUAACACAUGAUGACGCAAUAAUGGCUUGUGACGUCACGACCACCUGGGUCUAUAAAAAGGCGCGUCAGUGUACUACUUUCACAAUUCGUCUUGAUCUUCCUCAGCAGCAAGCCAACCGUGACCUUCCGCCUACAAUAUGUCUGCGAAAAUGACCAGUCAGAUCGCCUUGGAGGGGAAUAUGGAGCCCAAUCCAUCGGGCUUGCAAUGUUCCCUGGCCUUCAAAUCCGAGGGCGGAAAGCAUGGAGUGCGUGACAUUCUGCAGCUUCACACAAGCCCCAAAGAGCUUGGUGACCAAGAGAAGCCGUUAUCCUCCAUGCAGGCUGCAGACAGGAUCCAUCACCUGUUAUCAUCUCUUGUCCUUGAUCCACUGGUGGAAUCCUUGGUGGAUCAGAUAACAACGGAUAUGAGCAUUAACAGGUCACAAAGCAGCAGCGCCCAAGGGACGCAGGGGAGGGAGCUCGUUGAGGAGGGCAACUUGGAGCUCUCUUUUGACUUAGCAGAGAAGAUAGUGAAGGAUCUCCUCAUGCAGUGUCUGAGGAUCCCCCUCCCUUCGUCAGGGCCAGCUGAUAAAACAUCCGAGGGUCACGGAGGAGAGAUGGCCGCCAACAUCGUGUCAACAGAGGCCAUCAAGAGAGAGUCGGCUAACACCAGCGACUCUGCUGUGGAAGACAGCACCACGAGCAAGGCCGGAAAUGGCAUAUCAAACUUCUUCAGAAGAACGAUCAGCAAAUGGCGGAAGAAAACAUGUAAGGUGGGCCCAGCUCAGACAUGAGCGCCUUCAGAUAAGUAAAUAUCUGCUCUACAGUUGAGACUUGAGCUCCUGUAGCACCUUGGAAAUCUGCCCGAACAGCUGAGACAUGCGCUCCUGUAGAGUUUUACAAAUGUGCUCUACAGUCGAGACAUGCGUUCCUGGAGAACUUCAGAAAUGGGCCUAAUUGAGACAUGCGCUCUUGUAGAGUGUUAUAAAUCUGCUCUACAGUCGAGACAUGAGCUCCUGUAAAACUUCAGAAAUUGCCCUAAUUGAGACCGGCACUCCUGGAGAACUUCAGAAGUGGGCCCAAUUGAGACAUGCGCUCUCGUAGAACUUUAUAAAUCUGCUCUACGAUCGAGAUAUGAGCUCCUGGAGAACUUGAAAAUGUUUGAAAUGAUGUUCGUGGGUGCACACUGAAUAAAAAACCUCCAAGUAACCAGAUGGAGACAUAGUUGUAAUAGUUUAUCAGUUGCUUUAGGUGCAUUUCUCAGAUCAUCAUUAACGUUUUCACAACAGUGUAUUUCUGAAAACAAUUAGUGCAAACUUCAUGUUCAGUGGAUUACCUACAAAAUAACAAACACAUGAUUGUGUGUGGAGGGGGUUGAUGCAAGAGAGUGGAUAUGUUUGAAAGUUUUUACUGUUGACAGACAUUGUGACAGUGUGCAGAGACAUAGGCUUUUACAGUACAGCAUUGUGUAAAUGAAAAAUGAGAGUUGUUCCUGUCUGUCAGGAGAUACUGUAUAUAGGCCUAUCAUAGACAGCUAGACUAUGACAGCUAGUUAUGAUCGGUAGUUCAAUGCUUUUGGAUCUAAUGACUCAAGUGAUGAAAUAAGGCUAAUAUAUGUCAUGGGGUAGGAUAUUCAGCAUGAAGUUAGUAUGGUGCAUUUUGUACAAAAACAGUUCUUUGUUUGUACUAACACAUUGCUGUUUGUUGAAGAUGGGGAGAAACUGUUUCAUUGGUGUGUAUGACUGAUGAUGUGAAGUGAUAAGAUUAUGGAGUUUGAACAACUAGCUUUGAGAAUUUCAAUUAUGAGCUGAGAAAUGUGCCAAAGUGACUUUCACAGAACUUUGUUUGUACUGACACAUUGCUCAGUGUUGAAGAUGGGGAGACACUGUUUCAAUGGUGUGUAUGACUGAUGAUGUGAAGUGAUAAGAUUAUGGAGUUUGAACAACUAGCUUUGAGAAUUUCAAUUAUGAGCUGAGAAAUGUGCUAAAGUGACUUUUUAAAAAAUGUAACAAGUGGCAAACAAGCAAGAUGGCUGUCCCUGUUAGUCCCAUAGUAAACAACUAGCCAACUAGCUUCAGGUGUAGAGUGUGAAAAACUCAUGUCUGUCAUGGUAAACAAAGUGUGGGGAAGUGCUUUAUAUGUUGCAGGAAUCUGGACGUAUGUCAACCUGCUUGGGGACAAAGACGGCGUCACCCACAGACGAGCGAGAGAGAACCGGAUGGUGAACCGACGAGUCAAAGUGGCCCCGGCAUUCUGCCAGAUAAGAUAUAAGCGUGCACACACACACACACACACACACACACACACACACACACACACACACACAAAUAU